UCCAAGUGUAUACUACUCCGCUGACACCCCUCCGUGAGUUUUAGUUCAACCUGCAGAAUUUUAAGCAAAAUGGCGACAGGGUAAUGGAUGGAGGACGAAAACGAGCAGUAAUCAAAUGUAAUGACAAACUUACCAGUUAUUACCAAUUCCUGCACUGGAAAGGCUGGAUUUCAGGACUCGUCCAGACGGGCCCAAUGCUGUGGAGUAGAGUGAAUGUUGAGCCAGCAUGGCGGACAUAAGGCGGCGAGCGGAAGAGGACCAAGAGGUUCUGGAGCCGGGUUCUGGUUCCGGUUCUGGUUCCAGUUCCGGUUCCGGUUCUGACAGGCCAUGGCAUAUGCUCCGCACCUCCUCGUCCUCCGUGUCCGCCUCCUCCUCCUCCUUCUCUCCACCUCCUCCUCCUGCCCAGGGCAUAUCCCAGGGCACCACCAACACUUCCACCGCCACCGCCGGCCCCGCUGGUCUCUCUGUGGACUCUGUGGAGCACAGGACAUUCAAUGGACCCCAGUCAGAGCCAGGCGGAGAUGGCGCCUCGGCAUCGGCCCAGCGACUGAACGCAUGUGGAGAUGGUGGUGCUGAUCCAACCAGCCGCCGUGGCAGCGACGCAAAGACGAUAGAAGGUGUAGCAAGGAGGAAGAACUCGCGUCUGGCACGUCUUACAGCAGAGCCUCAGCUGGUCAGCGGCGUCAGAUCUGCGAAGGCGAAAGCGGCCGAAGGGAUCCGUUUUGCGAAAACCAAGCCUCACACGAAGUCGGACGAGGAGGCGUCGGCAUCGGCAUCCGAGGCCGCGUCUGAUAGCGAUGACAGCAACUUCGAGCUGCCGCGUCUCCAGUCGCCACGGAAACGGACCAUGUACAAUAACAACAACAACUCUGCUAGUGCUGGUAACGGUAACGGUACCAGUGCUGCUGGCCAGAAUCAGAAUCAGAAUCAGAAUCAGGCGGGAAAUCGGGGGAGUAGCAGGGCGGCGGCCAACACCAAGUCCAACUCCAACACGAACUCCGGCGCCGGCAGCCGAUCGCUGUGGGACUUCGGCUCUGAAUCCUCGGAGAGCUCGUCGGAAGACUGCGAGGAAGACGCGACCUGGGAGCCGCAGAGCGAGUUCAUGCACUUCCUGAUGACCAGCCCCAAGCGCUCCGACUCCGAGCCGCCACCCCCCUCCAUCACCCAGAGCCGACGCAAGCGCAAACUCACCUCCACCACCACCAUCAGCACGUCGGCGGUGGACAGAACAGAGGACAGGGACAGAAUGAGGACAGAGGACGAAGGAGAGGAGAUGACGAGAAGAGACAAGAGAGAAGAGAGAUGGGAGGAUGACAGAAGCAGCAGCAGCAGCAGCUUCGUCCCCUUAGCCAAACAGUCCUUGACGCACGAUUGUUCCGACAGCGGCAACAACGACAAGAGCGACAACGCGUUAGCUAGCAAAGAGCGCAAAGCUAGGCGAAAGCCUAACAAUAAUAAUACCAAAUCAUCCGCAGUGGUUCCCCAAGCAGUGAGUGAGUUAGUGGUAGAAACAAAAGAGCACUUUAUUAGCAACAAUAACUGUUACAAGGGGAGCAGCGGAGUUGACGACACAGAGAGUGCGAGCGCCAAACCGAAUCAGGUAAUCGCGAGUCCAGCUGAUCGUCGGACGCCACCACCACCACCAGACGCCCACAAACCUGCCGAUCCGAACAGCGACUCGUCCGAGCCGCUUUUCUUCCCCUGCGUCAAGUGCAACGUGAACUUCAAGGAGAAGGCUCACCUGCACCGGCACAUGCUGAUUCACCAGGCCCCGGCCAACUCCGCCAGCCUGCCCCGGCCCUUCAUCUGCCGCGAGUGCGGCCGCUCAUUCCGCGCGGAGGUUGCGCUGCAGCGCCACAUGGUGAUCCACCAGACGCGACGCGAGCGCCUCAUGGAGGAGAUCAAGGGCCUGACGGAGACGCAGGACGAGGGCCGCGGCGCCCGACUGCAGUGCCCGCAGUGCGUCUUCGGCACCGGCUGCGCCAAGACGUUCGUGCAGCACGCCAAGACGCACGAGAAGGACAAGCGCUACUACUGCUGCGACGGCUGCAGCCUCAUGGCCACCUCGCAGCAGGAGCUGCAGGCGCACCGCUGCCCCGCCCAGCCGGCCCGCCCGGAAAACCACCACGCCCCCCACAACAACAAAACACAAAACUCCGCCGCCGCCCUCCUCCACCACCACCACCAGGUGGCAAACCCCAUAACACAGAACACAGGGUCUGCCCAACACCACCACACAAACCACACCACACAUCAUCACACAACAUCAGUCCCUCAGGUGCCCCCCCCACACCAGGCGCUCUGUCAGGACAGAGAGAGGCUGCCCAUGGUGCGACAAGAGGUGCUGGGUACGGGUACGAUAACGCGUCUCACUUUGUUACACUGUAAAAUAUGCCCCUUUAGCACACCCAACGACAACAUCCUUAAAAAGCACAUCGAACUUAUUCACCGACAGCCAUAUUUUGACAAGAAUGAGGACGAGGAGGAGGAAGAUGAUGAGGACGAGUAUGUUGAGGAGGAGGAGGAGGAUGAGGUGGACGAGGAGGAAGGUGGGGUGAAGCCUGUUAGUCGAGUGCCUGAUUUGAGCAAGCCGCCGCUGGACCUGCGCAGGUUAAGCAGCAGCAGCAGCAGUAGCAGUAGCGUGGCUAACGCUAGGGCCAGCCUUACUGCACACCUGUCACAGCUGAGGCCAAAGCUGAGCUCGGAGACGUCGAUACCCACUGCACAGACACCGACACCGACACCGACACCGCUGGCGCUGCACAAGGGCGAGGUGUCGCCGGCCUUUUGGUCCGCCGGCGCUGUGGCCGACCUCCGCACGCGCCACGACAACAAAGCCUCGCCCGUAAAGGAGCCGCGAGGUCCCGGCCCUGGCCCCGGCCUGCCGCUGCCAUCGCUGUUCAACUGGAGCUUUGGCAGCUCAACAAACAAGCUGUCAGCCGGCACCACUCUCCCGAGACUUGACAAGCCAAGCAAAUUAUCUCCUCCUGCUCAGCCACUGCCACCGCCGACAGUAAGAAUAGAUGUGACACAGACAGGCCACCUAGAGGAGGAGGAGAAGGGGGGCAGUCAGAAAUGCGCGGCGCCCCCGGUGGCGGGGAAGGUGACAGUGACAGGGCUGGGGCUGGGGCCGCUGUUGCCGGGAGACAAGGAGAAAACAAAACAUAUUAGUGCCACCGCCGAGGCCUGUUCCAACGCCAUGGCAACAGAACGUAUUAGUGCUACCGACGCCUGUUCUAAUGCCAUGGUGACAGACAGGACCUCUGGCUCCACCACCACCGCCGGCACCGCUGCUGCUGCUGAGGAGAUUCAGGAAAACCAUCAAUCGGACCGUUCCGACAUUCCCGUUCAGAGCAGUGUCAAGGCCUCGCCUGCUCCCCAGCCCACAACUACUCCCCACAGAACUGUGUCCAAGCGGAAAAUGUCCAUACCAUUUCACAACAAGAGCAAGCCCAAACCCGAGCCUAUGUCUCCAGUACUGACUGAAGAUGAAGAUGAGUAUGAUUUCGAUGACGAAGACGACGAUAACGAUGACGACGACGACAAUGAAGAACGCUCGUCUCUCGAUUUCAUCUCUCGAGAUUUUUCAUCGUCCCCCUUCCUCGGCCGUGGCGGCGAACAACGAAGACUUUCAAACUCUUUCAUGUCUUCGAAACCCCCCCUCUACCUUCACCGCUCCCGCUUGCCUCCCCCGCGCAAGGACGUCCUGCGCUCCAACGGCUCGGAGGAGGAGGAGGAGAGCGACUGCGACGACAUCAACGACCUGGUCAUCAAGGAGGAGUGCGAGGACGUCGCCGUCGACGUCCCCUCGCCUCCUCUCGACCUCGACGCCUCUAUGCGGGACUCCUUCGCCGCCGAGCAAGACGAGGAGGAGGACGGAGAAGGAGGCCCGGCCAGUCUCUCGAAUGACAUGAAGACCUGCCCGUACUGUCCGGCCGUGUUCGAGUCGGGGGUGGGACUGUCCAAUCACGUGCGAGGACACCUGCACAGGGUGGGGCUUAGCUACGACGCGCGGCACAUGGUGUCCCCGGAGCAGGUGGCCUCUCGGGAUCGACAGCCUCGGAUACGCAGGAAGGCCCCCUCCGCCAUGCCGCGCCGCAUCAAGAAAGCAUCCGUGGACAAGCCGGAGUCUCGGGCCGAGCACACCUGCCCGCUGUGCUGGGGUUGGUUCGACACGCGCACUGGCCUCUCCAAUCACGUCCGCGGACACCUUAAGCGCAUCGGCCGCGGCCUGGGCUCCACCGGACGCCUCGGAAUUCCAGGCGGUGCUGCUGCUUCUCCUGGCGCAGUUCCGUCUUCCAGCAUUGUCGCUCUGUUGUCCUCCGCCGCCAGCGCUCCCAACAGCACUUCGUCCGGAGGAGGAGGAGGAGGCGCGGGAGCGGGCACCGGUACGGGUAACAGCCGUUCUCCGCUGAGCAUCCUAAACGAGCUGUUGAGGGACGAGACGGAACACCGCAGCAUCCUCGCCCUCCUCGGCCACCGUCGUCCUGCUCACGCCCGCGCCCGGCCCCGCCCCUUCGUCUCCCAGAACAAGCUCUCCGCUAGAGACAGCGACCGAGACGGCGGCCUCUUCCUUACGCCCACCGGCGUCCCCGGUAAGGCCCAACAUCAACAGCAGCAGCAGCAGUAUGGCGGCAGGGGACGAGGAGGCGCCGCGGGGGGGGUGAGCAGCAGGACCUCUGGGGGACCUCGGGACAGGACUGCUGCGGUCACCGGGAGCAGUGGUGGAGGUGGUGGUGGUGGUGGUGAAGAGGAGGAGCAGGAGAUCAGGGUCGGGGGUCUUCAUCAUCAGCAUCAUCACCAAAGGGGUCAGGGAGGUCGCGGCAGGGGUUACGGUGGGGGUGGAGGUGUGGACAGGUCUGCCUCUACUGCCUCUGCCUUCGCCUCCGUCAUUGGUGCUGGUGCUGGUGCUGGUCCUACAGUGGUGCAGUCGAGCACGCUGGUGGAGCUGCUGAGGAGGAGGAAGCAGGAGCGGGAGGCGCUGAUGAGGCAGUACAAGGAGCAGAGGAUCCACGACAGGAACCAGGGCCAUCAGGGGAACCAGAGGAACCACGAGAGGAACCACGACAGGAUCCAGGGGAACCACGAGAGGAGCAAUGAGAGGAACCAGGGCCACCAGGGGAACCAGAAGAACUACGAGAGGAACCACGAGAGGAUCCACCAGGGGAACCACCAGGGGAACCACCAGGGCCACGCAGCCAGGAGGCAGCAGCUGAACAGCAGCCCAGCUAGGGAGAGGGAGAGCGUGGGCAGGCUGGCCGCCCUGAAACCAGACCCCGACUGGAGCCAAGGCAAGGCGGACGUGAAGAAAGUGUGUAUGCACUGCAACGCCACCUUCCACAGUGCAGUUAGCCUGUCCAAUCACCUUCGAGCGUAUGCCCGCAGGAAGAGGGCUGCUCUCUUAGACGGGACAACAUAUGAGUGCAAACCGAAGAAGCCGAGAUCGAGGCCGGGCCCAAAGAAGAAGACAUUCUCAUUGCCACACACUCCUGAGGAAAUAUACAGACUCACCUGCAGGUUCUGUGACCUUGUGUUCCAGGGUCCCCUAUCGGUGCAGGAGGACUGGAUAAAGCACCUGCAGCGUCACCUGAUGCACACCAGCGUGCCGCACACGGGCGCCGCCAUGGUGGAGGUGACCGCCCCCCCCGCCACCGUCUGCAACGAGCUGUCGAGCCCCCCGCCGCCCCCCGAACGCCUGCCCCUGCCCCCCUCCCAGCACAACGCACAUCUGCAGAUGACCCCCUCCGUGUCCUAGGCUAGAGGGCACCCAGAAAAGUUCUCUCCCUCCUCUCUCUUUCGGCCACACAGUCUCUUAAACUCUUAAACACCAUUCUCCGCUCCUGCCCCACCCUUGCAGCACAAUGCACACCUGGGUCAGACGCCCAAAAAGGAACUGUCAUUCAGUGUAACGGAUACCUUCUGCUGACUGUAACUGUAAAAAAACAUGAUUUUUAAAUUGUUUCAAGUGAAUGAAUGACAGCCGAGGCUUUCAUGAAUUCACUGGAAAAAAAAAAAAAAAAAAGAGUCUCUUUCUGUUUCUUACAGUUACAGUCAGGAGAAGAUAUCCGUUACACUGAGUGACAAUUUCUUUUUGGACGUCUUUGACCCACCUGCAGAUGGCCCCCUAGGUGUCCCAAGCUCGAGGCACCUGAAAAGUACACUUUUAGUCUUUUUUUUCACUCCUGACCAGAAACACCACCUCCCUGCUUUCUCUGCCUGAACACCUGGGGUGAAAAGCGUAUCUCAAAAGCAUAUUUGCUGGCCAGUUAGCAACUUGGGUAGUUGGUAAUGUUACCAGCAAAGUAGCUAACGUAGUUAACAAUGAUAGUUUCGAGAAAUUCAGCACCGGACUCAUGUCGGCAAGCUUCCUCCACACCCACGAAACAUGGCACAGUUACUCCUGCACUCCUAGCACAACACCCGAUCCCCCCUCAAGGAUACAAGGAUACAGAAGGAUGUUUAUUCGUCAUAUACAGUACAUUCUGGUGAAAGUGCAGUCGAGCCUGGUCUCGACAAAAUUGUGUCUCAUUUCUCACGCAAACCAGCAUCCAAGAUUGCGUACAUAUUCCGACGCUUUCCCUGCUGUCUAGAGCACAUAGGUAACUUCUGAUUGGUCUAGCUGUGCCCUUCCCAAAACCAUCCCUAAACUUUACCUGUCAGUAAUGCAAUGUUUCAUAGUUUUACAACUGUGCCCUUCCCAAAACCAUCCCUAAACCUAACCUGUCAGUAAUGCCACGUUUCUGAGUUAUACAUUUGUGCCCUGACCAAAACUUUCCCUAAACCUAACCUGUCACGGACAGCUGCAUGUGUGUCAAAGAGAAUGCGUCGUAAACGCGACGCAAUUUCAGUUUUUGGUUUGCGUGAGAAAUGAGACGCAAUUCGUUGGAGAUCAUGUUGUGCAGUCACCACCACCUCUCUGUCCAUUGAAGUUGCCUGUAUUGGAAUGGAAACUGUGGCAGUGGAGUUUUCACUUUCUGGAACCGGAAUUGACACCUCUGCACCCAAGCAACUGGUCCUGCCAGCACAAGCCCUCUCCCUCAGCUUGUCCCAAACAUCUCCUAAACUGUCCACCUCCACCCCACCCCAGCCCCAAACUCA